AUGGCAUCGUCUCGUAAGCGUAUUCUUUUCCCAUGCCAGUAUCCUAAUGAUAGCUACUUGUUACAGAAAGAACAGGAUAUCAUGAGAAAUGGUAGGCUCGAAAUGCAACAUUCCUAUCUUGGUGUUGAGGAACAAUGUAAUCGAUUUCUCUGUUUCCGCUGCGUUUGUGAUGGGGAAGGGGGAAGGAGGGGGCUGGUAUGGGGUGGUUUUUUCCCCGUGUGGAGUCAUAUGGGUAGUUGUGGUCAAACAGGAAAUACCGUCGGAGUCAUCGCGGUCAAUCCCGCGGUACUGUCAAUGCAUUGUGUUUGGGAAACCAGAUUUUAUGAGAAGAGGAAAAUUGUUAUAGAAUUUAUACUGAAUGCGCAAAAGAGAAUGCAGAACAGCAUGACCGACCCUGUUAAUGUGGGAAAUAGUUAUGAACAGAGUCAACAAGAGAUCGAAAGUGCCGAAGUGGAAAUUGUGGAUUCUGGUCAGGUCAUUGAUGAAUUGGAUGAAGCAUUGAUGCAGAUUGGGGAUACCACUAGCAGUGAACAACACGGAGAAUAUGACGAAAGAAUACAUGAGCAAGAAAAACAAGGUGAUACAGUACACCAAGACGUCGGCCUACAUAUGAGCGUUAGCGAAGAAGUAAUUGUCGAAACGGAAGGAAGCCAUCCAGCGAUGUCUCCAACUCCGGGAAGUGAUGUAGGCGAUAUGGAAGAAUGCAUAAAUGAUGAGGAAGGUCUAUAUAGCGAUGAUGAAGAUCACUCAGAUAUGUUUGCUGACCGAGAAGUUGAUCAAAUUAUCAGAGAUCCGGUGACUGGAGAGAUAAGUCUUACAAUGGAUUUGGAAGAUCUCGUAUCUCGGACAAUAACUUUUGAUAAUGGUGAAAGAAUUAUUUUAUGUUUUUCAAAGCGAUGUCGUCCCCAAAUAGCCUGGAAUGGACAUCUUUAUGUUGCUGCAUCUGAUUUGAGCGAAAUUAGUUAUACAAAAUGGCGUUGCGUAAAUGAAGGAUGUCCUGGUGCUUUACGGACAUCUCCUGGAUUAACUGAACUACGUUCUUCUGGACAUCAGCAUUUAACUACGUGUAAACCGGAUGAUUUGCAAGUACGUCUUCGCAUUGUUAUUUACGACCUACGUUUGAUGGCGGAAUUUACAGAUGACCCACUAGAAGAUCUCUAUAGUCAUUUUGUGGAGAAGUUAGCGGCUGAAAAUCCAGAUGUUUUGGCUUUAUUUCCUCCUUUGGAUACGCUAGUAAAAAGAUUAACGAAACAUCGAGAAUAUAAGGUGUAUCGUCGGCGAUUUGAAUAUGAAAAGAUAAUGGCAGAGCGGCGUCGUGGUUUGCAUUCCAAAGAUCCAGACUGCGCCCCUGCAAUGCUUCGAAGAAUGCGUCCAUUCCCACCGUCGGUGUGUAUCGAGUGUGGUAUAUCAGUUGUAACUGAUGCAGACACCACAUCGCAGGAGAACUUUGUGGAUCAUGUGGCACAAGAUCAUCAACGAGAAGCGACGUGCCAGUAUUAUUCGUUUCCGGGAGUACAUCUUUUUGAGCAAUGGAUGCGUGAACUGCAGCAGCGCAGCCGGUACAAAAUUCGGCGUUUUUCAAUGCACAAUGAAAGCUUAUUUUUCCUCUGUGCUGCAGACGACCGCUGGUGUCGAACUUAUGGCGUUAAUUCUGAUGGUCUUCAUUGUACUGCAUUUGUUCGAGUCUACGAUUAUCGAAGAGUUUCGCGGCAAGAAACUCGGAUUUUGCGAAUACAGUAUUGUCUGGAUCAUAAUUUCCAUAGCGAUGAGGAUGCAACAAUUGAUGCUCCAUUUACUCCCGAAAUUUUCAUGCACGAAGUGGAGGAGAGACGUUUACGAACUGCUGGAAUGGUAAAAAGUCAUGCACAACGCGCGCGACUUUUGAGGCGAAGAGGUGAAAUAGGAAGUGAAAUCAUGUCAGAGAAUGGCGGUGUGUGGUCUGAAGAAGGAAUCAGAGAAGAUGACCCAAAUCUGCAAGAGUUAGACACGUAUGCAUCUGAUGUCGCCAAACGCCCACCUCAUGUACGAAAUAAUGAUCCGACAUCAGUUGUCGAAUUUGCUGAAGGACCGGAUACUGGGCAUGACGGACAAGGAGAUGCAGUUGUUGACGGAGGCGAACGAAAUGUUGAUUAUGAUAUCGAGGGUAGCGAGGAAGGUGUUGGACAAGAAGAACAAGUAGGAGAAAAUGCAGCAUCAAAACUGAAACGAAUAAACUUACAAAGACCAAGAACUGUCAAAUCAGAUUACGAUGAGAAACGAGAGGUAGCAGAUUUGGUCGAACAGUGCAAUCGUCGUGUCAGUGAAAGCCGUUCAGUACGUUCCAUCGAAAGCAGAGAAAUUCAAAGUGGCAGUGGCUCGGGUCAACCACAUUAUGUUACUCAUCGAUCAAAUUUUUCCAGCUAUACACUUUAUAACUUGGUUAUGCAAAUUGAAUUACAGUGCGAGCUUUUCAAAGAACGAGCUCAGUCUUUGAAACAUAUUGUGGCAGCGAAAAAAUAUUUGAAAUAUCUCACAUCACUCUGCGACAACAUUGCUACUGAUCCAGACUGCAAUAAAUCUGUGGAGGAAUUGGCAGCUGAAAUUUUUGAUUUAAAAGAAAUUGUAAAUAAUGGAAUAGUAGUUACCAAGCAGACGAGCUUGCUUCCAACAUUGAGUUUUGGAAACGGUGAUGAAGGUAGCAGUUCAGUGCAGCGUGAUGGAAAAAGUGAAUCAGAAACGCAGCCGCUUAUCUUCCUUCCAGUUGUACCCGCAAGAAGCACACCGGAAUUAGAAAAAAUGACAAUUGAUGAGGAAGCAGAAAUGGAUGUUGCAGACCAAUCCGAAACAGUGGAUACACAACCAAAUUUGAGAAGAUCAAAACGUGGAAAAGGGAAAGAGGAGGUUGACACACCUUUCGAAGCAAAGAAAGGAAGAAAAACUCCCGUCAUUGUAGUUCCAAAAGCAGAAACAUCCAUGAGAGAGCCAUAUCAAACAAGAAGAAGUCGCGGGGUCGUAAAGCCGAACACAAAGGGAGUUUUUGACAAAACGACAUAUGUUGGAGAGACAGAGGCAACUUCAGCGGAAGGAGAUGCAUCAACGAAAUCUUCAGAAUCUCGAGGUUCUUACACACUGAGACGAAUACCAUUCAGCGGACAGAAUUCGAAGUUGAAACUGGCUGGACGUACCAUGCAGCUUGGUGCCGAUCCGGAUGAACUGACAGGGAAGCCGAUGACUUUAAGAACUGCAACUGGAAAUUUGGUCACAGUUAUGCGACGAUUUGAUGGCCGUUUAAUUAUGGUUUCACCUCGACCACUAAUGCAGAAAGGUAAUAUUUCUCUUUUGCCAGAAUCGAAAACUCCUGUUGCUGAAGAAACUCAAAGGGAAACGAGAUCUAGAAGUACUCGAAACGCAACAUUUGGCAAAAAAACGCCAAAACCAGAACAAAUAAAAGAAUGCGAAGAAGAAGAAGGAAAGGAGACGAAAUCACAAAGGACAACAAGAUCUUCUGAAAGACGUUCAGUUUAUUCAAAAUAUUUAAAGAAAGAUAAAGAUCGACGUGGUAAUCGUUCAAACUUAUCUUUUACAGAUGAAAAAAGCGGUAACUCAAGUUUAUCAGAAAGAGGAAAAGGAAAAGAUAUAGAGAAUGAAAAAAAUUCGGAAGAAGCGGAAUCUAGCAAACAGGUGGCCACUCAUGAAGUAGAGACUAAUCCAAAAAAAUUUGUAAGAAAGCAGUUAAGUGAAAAUGAUGUAAUCGUUAUGGACGAUGAAACAUUUUCAGCAGUUGUAAAAGAUAUAAGCAUGGGAAGUCCAUCUGAAUCUGUUAGUGGAAGUGAAGGCCGAAGAAGUCGAGCAAAGAAAAAGGAUGAAGAAGAAGAGCUAACAGGAUCGGCUACAGAUACUUCCAGGACUAAUAAAGCAGGGGAGAGUAAAAAAUAA